GAGGGGGCAGGAGGGAGGGGAGAGCAGUGGCGGCGGCUGCGCCGGGCUGUGUGUCUCUCGCCGCCGGAGGAAGAUGAGGCUGAAGAUCGGGUUCAUCUUACGCAGUUUGCUGGUAGUGGGAAGCUUCCUGGGGCUGGUGGUCCUCUGGUCUUCCCUCUCUUCCCGGCCGGACGACCCGAGCCCGCUGAGCAGGAUGAGGGAAGACAGAGAUGUCAAUAACCCGGUGCCUAACCGAGGAGGCAAUGGAUUAGCUCCUGGGGAUGACAGAUUCAAACCUGUGGUACCAUGGCCUCAUGUUGAAGGAGUAGAAGUGGACUUAGAGUCUAUUAGAAGAAAAAACAAGGUUAAGAAUGAACAAGAGCAUCAUGCUGGAGGAGACUCCCAGAAAGACAUAAUACAGAGGCAGUAUCUCACAUUUAAGCCUCAGACAUUCACCUACCGUGAUCCUGUGCUGCGCCCAGGGAUCCUCGGUAACUUUGAACCCAAAGAACCUGAGCCUCAUGGAGUGGAUGGUGGCCCUGGAGAAAAAGCCAAGCCAUUGGUUUUGGGACCAGAAUACAAACAAGCAGUUCAAGCCAGCAUUAAAGAGUUUGGAUUUAACAUGGUGGCAAGUGACAUGAUCUCUCUGGACCGCAGCGUCAAUGACUUACGUCAAGAAGAAUGCAAAUAUUGGCAUUAUGAUGAAAACCUUCUCACUUCAAGUGUCGUCAUUGUCUUCCAUAAUGAAGGGUGGUCAACACUCAUGAGAACAGUUCACAGUGUAAUUAAAAGGACUCCAAGGAAAUAUUUAGCAGAAAUUGUGUUAAUUGAUGACUUCAGUAAUAAAGAACAUUUAAAAGAAAAACUAGAUGACUAUAUUAAGAUGUGGAAUGGCCUAGUAAAGGUAUUUCGAAAUGAAAGAAGAGAAGGUUUAAUUCAAGCACGAAGUAUUGGUGCUCAGAAGGCUAAACUUGGACAGGUUUUGAUAUACCUUGAUGCCCACUGUGAGGUGGCAGUUAACUGGUAUGCACCACUUGUAGCUCCCAUAUCUAAGGACAGAACCAUUUGCACUGUGCCGCUUAUAGAUGUCAUAAAUGGCAACACAUAUGAAAUUGUACCCCAAGGGGGUGGUGAUGAAGAUGGGUUUGCCCGAGGUGCAUGGGAUUGGAGUAUGCUCUGGAAACGGGUGCCUCUGACCUCUCAAGAGAAGAGACUGAGAAAGACAAAAACUGAACCAUAUCGGUCCCCAGCCAUGGCUGGUGGAUUAUUUGCCAUCGAACGAGACUUCUUCUUUGAACUGGGUCUGUAUGAUCCAGGUCUCCAGAUUUGGGGAGGUGAAAACUUUGAGAUCUCAUACAAGAUAUGGCAGUGUGGUGGCAAAUUGUUGUUUGUCCCGUGUUCUCGUGUUGGACACAUCUAUCGUCUUGAAGGCUGGCAAGGAAAUCCUCCACCUGUUUCUGUAGGGUCUUCCCCAACUCUAAAGAAUUAUGUUAGAGUAGUAGAAGUUUGGUGGGAUGAAUAUAAAGACUACUUCUACGCCAGUCGUCCGGAAUCAAGGUCAUUACCAUAUGGGGAUAUAUCUGAGCUGAAAAAAUUUCGAGAAGAUCACAACUGCAAAAGUUUCAAGUGGUUCAUGGAGGAAAUAGCUUAUGAUAUCACCUCAUACUAUCCUUUGCCACCCAAAAACAUUGAGUGGGGAGAAAUCAGAGGCUUUGAAACUGCUUACUGCAUUGAUAGCAUGGGAAGAACAAAUGGAGGCUUUGUUGAAUUAGGACCCUGCCACAGGAUGGGCGGGAAUCAGCUUUUCCGAAUCAAUGAAGCAAAUCAACUCAUGCAGUAUGACCAGUGUUUGACGAAGGGGCAUGAUGGAUCAAAAGUUAUGAUUAUACACUGUUAUCCAAAUGAAUUUAAGGAAUGGCAGUACUUCAAGAACCUGCACAGAUUUACUCACAUUCCUUCAGGAAAGUGCUUAGAUCGCUCAGAGGUCCUACAUCAAGUGUUCAUCUCCAAUUGUGACUCCAAUAAAAUGACUCAAAAAUGGGAAAUGAAUAACAUCCAUAGUGUUUAGAAAGAAUUUUUAAAAAACCAAUAAUCUACCUGCUGACAAAUUUAUACAGGACUGAAACCUGCCUGAAACCUGCUGCAACUAUUACUGUUAACUCUGUACAGCUCCAAACCCAGAACCUCCUGAUCAGUUUGAAGGACAAUGAUAAACUGUGAUUUUACAAUGACAUUAUCAUCCGCAGUUACUGUUUACAAAACUGCUUUUACCUUAAACUUUGUAGAUGUUUACAUCUUUUUUGUUUUGUUUUAAGAUGAUGUUGGUAAUUUGUGCCUUUAGCUCUGUUUUACUAGAACAGAGUUAAAAGCAUUUGUCUUCUUUGGGACUACACUCAGGGGUAUGAAAGGCAGUUUGAUUUUUUUUUUAACACACUUGAAAAAAGGUUGGAAUAACCAGACUUUCAUAUAUAAUGUGGUGAUUAUCAACCUGUUGUGUCUUUAUUUAAGUUCACAUCUUUUUGAAGCACUGCCACAGGUUAUUAGACAAGGUGGCCUUCUUUCACAGUCAUGCUGCUUUUUUGAAAGGUGAAUUUCAACACAUUUAGUGCCUCUUUCAUUUCUCAGUAUAUAUCUCAAGAGCUUUUGAUGAAAUUUAUAGGAUAGUAAUGAUGGAAUUGUCACCUAUAUGAGAAUACUCUUAUUUCUCAGAAAUGAAUUGACAUGCUGCCAUUUGCUAUGAAGUUAAAUGCUAUAAGGCUUUAAAAAGAAAUGACAACAUGGAACAUCCCAAGGCUAUGCCAUAGGGUUUGAAGAUUGCACUGUGUUAACUCCCUUACCUGCUGGCAUUUCCAAUGCCCUCUGUCCUUACAAACCCCGAGGAUGGUAAAGGGGUUUCCCAACUAGAGCAAAAUUAUCCACUGACAUUUGGGAUUCACUUUUCCCUACUGUCAUUUUAGAAAACUAUAAAUCUCAAUUUUGAAACUUGAGAGUAAAAUGAGAAAACACCACUAUAGAAAAGACAAAUGUUCAUUCUGAGGUAAAAAUCUCCAAGCCCUUUUUAGAUUAAGCCUUACAAAACUCCUGUGCAUUAUAACCUAAGCUGUGCAACCUAUAAAGCCAAGAGUGAAUUGAUGUUUCAUUUAUACCAUCAUUCAAAUGAAAUUCCCUGUGCAUUUUUAAAAUAAAAAAAAAAAGACACUUAAGAAUACAUUUCUUUAACAAAUGGCAACUACUUUCUGUUUGAUUGGGUGUUAGUUCCCUUAUGUUUCUUAAUUUCUUUUUAGGAAGUAUAUUUUUAUUAGUAUUUUCCACUGAAAAGAAGAUUUGUUUGGAUUUAAACAUUUGUUAACUAUAGCAGAACCAAAUACUGCAAAUGGUCAAUUAGAUUUUAACUGCUAAACCAAUAGUCUUUUUUAACCAAAAAUAUUUAAAUGCCUAAAUUGAGUGCUAAAGAGAAAAUAUGAUGAGGUGAGAAUUUACAAGUAUAGUAAGAAUUGUGAUCUGUAAUCAUGAUAUCAGCUACCAUGGAAAGAACUCACAAUAUACUGCCAGAGGGAAAUAUUUUUAAUUACAAUUUAAAAAUAAGAGAAAAAACCUGUACUCGUUUAAAAGAGCUUAUGAAGUUUCUUCCAGACUUAGUUAGCUCUUAAUUGAGACCCAAACAUCCUAAACAGUUUUAUUUAUAGUUUUGAAUUGUCAAUUUGUAUUUUGCUACUGAUCUGUGGUCAAUCAUUUUAACUUUCAUUCAUCUCUAGGAAUAUUUGGAAAGAAUACAUUUAUAUGCUUAUAUAAUUAUAAAAUAAAUCAACUAUAAAAAAGAAACAAAGAAUUGGUAUUUUAAUUACUUGUGUGUUUGCAAAUAGAUUCCAUUUUCCAUGUUGAAUAAAUUAUAACCUUGUUAACUAUGCAUAGGCCUAAGAAAGGUGGCACAUGAACUGUACAUGUAAAUUUAUGGGUAAAUUAAAUGGAUAUUUUGUGCAAUUCAUUUAAAGAAUAUACUCUAUGAACAUGAUUCUAUAUAUUCAAGUCAAAACCUUACCAAACAUGAUAAAAAACAUCAGAAGCUGCUGCCAUAAUGACUAUUUUCUACUUUAGGCUGCUUUGGAAAUAAUUCUCAUAUCCUUGCUUUGUAAGUUGAUGAUAUCACUAUGCAUUUCUACACAUUUUAUAAAUUUGAUUUAUGCAGAUUUUGAUACACUGUUUCUGUAGAAAUUGUAUAAAUAUUCAGAAUUUUAUUAGGAUAAAUUUGAGAAACUUAUGUAUAUCUUAAUUCUGGGUUGCUUGU